AUGUCGUCCAACCUCCGCGCGGUGACAAACGAAUCCUUUGCCACCGUUGUAAGCGCAGCUGGCGCUGAGGCAGAGUUCAUUCCGGAGAAUGUAUCCACUUUAUCGAUUGUAAAGAAGUUUUUUAUCACUGGUGCCCCACUCACGCUUGCAACGGUUUCACAGUUCUCCAUCAUCACCGUCAUCUUGGCCGUGAUUGGAAGGUACGAGGGUGUAAACGAACUCGGUGGAGCAGCACUGGCACUCGGGCUCCUCAACGCUACGGCAUUUGCCUUCGCUGCGGGAUCGUGCGGGGCGCUAGAAACGGUGCUCUCACACACGUACGGCAUGAACCAGGCGCGAACAGGGGGAAAGGGUGCGAUGCACAUGUACGGCACCUACACCCAGCGCAUGGCCAUCAUUUUGUUCGUUCUCAGUAUUCCAAUAGGUUGUCUUGUAAUCUACAUUGAUGUAUUUUUAGAAUAUAUUGGGCAAACACCAGAGGUGGUUUACUUUACAGGACGUUUUUGCCGUUUGGCUGCAUUCGGUAUCCCAAGUACGCAAAUGUUUCAGCUUAUCGGUCGAUACUACACCUGUCAGCACGUAACCACGCCUCUUUCGGUGGCGAUGGUGGCAGCAUCCCUGCUUAAUCCUGUUUUGCAGGUUAUAUUCAUUCAAAUAUUCGGGUUUGACGGCUCCCCAGUGGCGUGGAUGAUGCUAUUUACUCUUGUUGAUGCAGCACUUCUAGGUUAUGCGUACAAGUCUGGUUUCUACAAGCAGACAUGGAAUGGAUGGGAUAGCAACGCAUUGAAGAAUAUAAAAGGAAUGGUGAAGUUAGCUGUUCCUUCAAUGGCAAUGAUGAUGAGCGAGUGGGUUGUGCUGGAGGUAAUUUCUGUUUGUGCCGGUUUUGCGGAGCCGCAUGAGUUGGCAGCCUUUUCUAUCUCCAUGCAGGUCUUUGGUUUAUGCUGGGCCAUCGCCUCUGGGACUAUUAUUAUUGUGUGUGUGUUUAUAGGUAACGUCAUCGGCGAGGGAAAGCCCCUCUUGGGAAAGCGUAUAGCUAAUGUGGCAAUUAUGUUGGCGGUAACGACGGCAACAAUUGAUGUUAUUCUCUGCUGGUUGUUGGAGGACCACAUUCCGUCCUUCUUCACAACUGAUGAGAGGGUCACUCCAGUGUAUCGUCGUUUGAUGCGUUUCGUACUUCCGUAUCAUAUGGUUGAUACGUUCCAGAGUACCGUUAUGGGUAUUUUGCGUGGAUGCGGAUUGCAGAAGACUGGUGCCAUCAUCAUUGGCGUCGCACUGUGUGUGAUAGGUGCUCCAGUUGCAUUUUUUCUCUUCUUCUAUCUACAUUAUGGUGUCGAAUCGCUGUGGAUUGGGCCGUUCUCUGGUGUCGCUCUUUUCGGUGCUCCAUGCUACAUUUACCUGCUGUACUGGCAUAUCGAUUGGCCCAACUUGAAGCCGCACCAGGAGGACGCACACAACCUCCCAGCGGAAAUAGUAGAAGAGGAAUUAGGGGAGGAGGCGGAGGAGGAGGAUGUGGUGGUGGAGGGGGAGAGAGACAAGAUAGCCGAUAACGGAACCAAGGAUGGGGAAGCUGCCUCUCUUCCCAUGGAUCCCCCGCCUGGAAGGGAGUGA